AUGAAGUCUGACUGCGAUGUCCAUGAUGCCUCAGAUUCCUGGCGGCACAUUGUCACGGAGAAGGAGGUUGAUCUUUUCGAGCCAGAACAGACACAGACAAUCGACCUUCAAACUUCUCCUGGUGUCAGUAGCAGCUGCAAACCCUUAGGGUUGAUGCAUCAGGAGCACGAGCUGGCUGCACAAGCAGUCGCAUCGAUGAAGGCCUCCUUUACCAGAGACUUCACAGCCGACGCGCCACAGGUGCCAGGUGCCAAUGCUAGCGCCGGAACCUAUUUGCGGUGCACUCGCAUGGAGACGCAGAAGAGUGCGCAGCAUCCGAAUACCUGCGUUACAUAUGUGUACGGCCUUAUCAGACUGAUGCCCUACGAUACAGUCCGAAUCAGCGACGUCGUUGAAAAAGUACAGGACGAAUACGUGAAAGAAGUGAAUGAUCGCUUGGUACGCAAGCAGCCAGGUCCGCCGCCAACCUUAGGGCGGGCCGUCACCAACGAGGAGGAUGAUGGUACUGUGGCUACGCGUCGAAAGCGGCGCAGCCUGCAGCUGUCUGCGCAGGCUGCUGAGUUGGAGCUUACAUGGGCGCAGCGGCUACAAGGCAAGGAGCGCAGGCUAUCGUCCUGGUCAAAGGCACUGUCUUCGCCGCAUACACCAAAGCGUCGAGGGAUGCCAGGUGCCGAGGAGUUGGCCUUGGACUUUGAGGGCAUUAGCACGAAAAGUGACUCACUUGGCCGGCGCGCAUUGGAGGAGGCAUUGUGGGAGUCUUCUACAAAGAAAAGCGCCAUAACUCCAGUCUUUCGGCACUUCAUGGUCCAUGGUUCGGUGCCACAUGCACGGCGUGUUCAGCUGGCAGGAGGAGAUGUACAACUCCUUGGCUUCCUGCAGCCCAAAGCGGGAGAAAAUGAAGAACUCAACGAGGACAGCUGCUCCAUGGAAGGCAUGCGCUAUGGCUACAAGGUUUUGCUUCGCAUCAUCAAAGUCUUGGAGCAACACACAGACCGUCGCGAGGAUCUUGAGGUGGAUUCGGUUGAGCAGCGCAGCCAACAGGCUGAAGAGUCUGCAGAGCCUGUCAAUGCAGUGGAGAUCCCAAAGGAGGAGAUCCUGGAGAGUAUUCCUCUCCCCGAAAUGGAUUCACCAGAGGUGAAUGGUAGGAGCGAAAACACGCUCCAGACCGACGAACAUUCAGAUGAAGUUCCAGCUGACACAGCCUGGGAGGUGCCAUCACACGAGACUCCCAAAGCUGAAAAAGCGGUUGAGGAGGGCAUGGUUGAGCCAGCUCAAGUCAUCAGUCCACUUCCGCCUGAAACAACGCCGGUAGUCGGAGAAGGCAAAUUGCCACAGACAGCCUCAUCACCUGUACCCACCGGUCGUUGCUUCAGCGACAGCCUUGAACCACCAGAGCAAGCAGACGAGGCGGCUGACGAGGAGCCGAAGAUGGAGUGGCCAAAGAUGGAAGGCCUCGAGGGCAUUCAAGAAGCAGGUGCCGAAACCACCUCAUCAUCCACCGCUUUGGAGACUAUGAGGUCUCCUUCUCUGGCAACAAAAGAUGCCAGGCCCAUUCCAGGGGAAAGAGUGAAGGAAGCGGUAAAGCAGUUUGAGAGGAUGCCAGUCCUGUCAUCACCAUCAAGUGCAGUUCCCAAAGUGGCUGCAAAAAAGGCAGCUUCCAAAAAGGCAGCUGCAAAGAGUGAGGCGGCUGCCAAAAAGGCAGCUGCCAAGAAACCAUUGGCACCAAGAACAUCUCCAAAGAUCAGAUCAUAA